AAAAAAUCUAUUUAGUGUGUCUUAAAUAUUUAAUAUUAAUGUAAACUAUUUAUUAUUAUGUGUAUUUAAUAAUUAUAUUAAUUUUAUAAUUGUUUUGGUUGGUGUCGGAUUCGGGUUAGAGAAUUACACCCCUACUCCUACUUCUAAUGGUACACUAUGAAAGUAUGAAUAGCCCUAGUAGGAGCCGAGUUAUCUUUCUUGAAGCCCCAAGACCGCAGGACUUUGCCCUGAGAAUGUCUCGACGAGAAGGUCGUGAUUCCGAUUCCAAUCGACGAGAAGGUCGCGAUUCCGAUUCCAAACGCCAUCGUUCCAGGUUCGAUCAAGAACCCAGUCCUAAGAGAUCUAGGAGGGACGGUAAACCAGUGACUGAGAGACCAUUCCCACCUAACAGCCUAAAUUUGGAUAGUGGAGACCAGUCAGCUCGGGAUCAAAAGCACCGCCGUCGGCUGCAAGAUGCUUUGCCUCUUGAGGCCCCAGUAGCACCUGAUCCUAAGGUACAAACUGGAGCAUUGAAUAAGGAAACUGACAACAAAACUAAUGGAGACCGUGAUGGAGCUAAACAAUCUUCUGAAUCUACUGAAGUUCCUCGAUCUCGAUCCUUUUUUCAGCAUGAUGACCGUGGUAGUGCACGGCAAGUUGGUCGAAGCUUCAGUCGCAGGGCAGGUACUGAGCGUGGAUGGUGGAGGGAUUCGAAAGAUCAGCAGAGUGAAAGGUCAACAAGCAGGAGGGCAACUAAUGAGGUGCAGCAAAAAGAUGAGAAAUCCCAAGUUCGUAGAGAUGAUAAUGCUUGGCGCCAUGAUGGGUACUUUGAAAUGGAGGCUGAUCCAAAACCACUAGCAAAGAAAAGGCCUUCAUUUAGAGAGAAAAAGAUUGUGGUGGAUUCUCAAAAUGCUGAUGAAGCACCAGUAGAGCCUGUGAAGCCAAGUCACCCCGACCACCCUUUGGUAGGAAACGAAAAAAGGGAAGAGAGAGGUCAUCCUGACCGCCCUUUGGUGGGAAAUGAAAGAAGGGAAGAGAGAGGAGACUAUAACUCCCGUUACUCAAAGAGACCCGAGAGGCCAUAUGCACGGUAUGGGGAUACAAAGAGGGCCGAAGCACAAAGGGGUAACUUUUCAUCAAGGGACAGGUAUGAUGGUGGUGGCAAUUACAGAGGAAGAGAUAGGUUCACUGAAGUGCAAGGGUAUCGUCCAAGUGGUGUCAGUGUUGAGAAGUGGAAACAUGAUCUUUUUGAUGAUGCUAAUAGGAGUCCAACCCCAAAGAAUGAAGAGGAUCAGAUAGCCAAGGUCGAAGCUCUCUUGGCUUCAUAGCUAUGAGUUGCUCGGGCAUGACACUUCAGUUUCUUGAUCAUACGUAGCCUGCUGUGUGUGUUUUCAGGUUUCAGUCAACUUUUUGGACCUGAUCUAUUUUGCUCAAGUUCGAAAUUAGUUUAAAGAAUAUCUCAAAGUGCAAGCUUAUUGUUGCUGUUCAUUUUUUCGGAGCACUGUGCCAAUUUUGAACCAUACACCACUGUUCUAAAUUCGCUACUUGCUUGUAUGCUUCAACUUAAAUUGAACCCUUUUUUUUGUUUUUAGUUGUGUAAAUUUGUUGAUUUCUACAAUUUCAACCUUCCAGUCGCACUUUCCCUACCUCCUGGACCCGGAUCAAGCUGGAAAUAUGAGUUGUACUUCUGAUAAUGAGAUUUGUUUGAGAUUGUCAUGGUUGACUCAUUAUUGGUUUUGGUUUAUCCUUGCUUUGUGAAUUCUGUAGGCUUAUGACUUGCACAAGACCAAUUUUAUGUA